AAUUACAUGAAAGUUAGCGAAAUCCAGUAUUUGACUUACCGAGAUGCUUGCUUUGAGCAUGGUUUGUUGGAUGAUGAUAGAGAGUAUAUAGAUGGCAUAACGGAAGCAUGUCAUUGGGCAUCUGCGGAUUCUCUUAGACGUAUGUUUGCAUCAUUAUUGGUGUCUGGUUCGAUCAGUAGACUGACGAUGAUUGGGAACGUUGUUGGCAAUUAUUAUCUGAUGACAUUCUGUACAGGCAGAGAUGACU